GGGAAGGCUUCCCCCUCAAGUUGGCCCAAUGGUGCUGCCCUCCAGCUGCAUGGCCCCCUAGUGGGGUUUCCUUCUGAGCAAAGAAGUCCUGUGCCCUUCUGGAAUCACCAAAGUUGCAUAGGCAACUGUAAUUAAAGCAGCUAAAUGGAGUCUGAACAGUUGUUCCAUAGAGGUUACUACCGAAAUAGCUACAACAGCAUAACUAGUGCAAGCAGUGAUGAAGAACUUCUAGAUGGAGCCGGUGUCAUCAUGGACUUCCAGACCUCUGAAGAUGACAAUUUGUUAGAUGGUGAUGCAUGUAUUGCAGGAACUCAUUAUACAAUGACAAAUGGAGGAAGCAUUAACAGUACUACACAUUUACUGGACCUCUUGGAUGAGCCCAUUCCUGGGGUUGGAACAUACGAUGACUUCCACACCAUUGAUUGGGUGCGAGAAAAGUGCAAGGACAGAGAAAGACACAGACGGAUCAAUAGCAAGAAGAAAGAAUCGGCCUGGGAGAUGACAAAGAGUUUGUAUGAUGCAUGGUCAGGAUGGCUAGUUGUGACACUAACUGGAUUAGCAUCAGGUGCAUUAGCUGGGUUGAUAGAUAUUGCUGCAGACUGGAUGACUGAUUUAAAGGAAGGCAUUUGUCUUAGUGCCCUGUGGUUCAACCAUGAACAGUGUUGCUGGGCCUCAAAUGAAACAACAUUUGAAGAGCGAGACAAAUGUCCUCUAUGGAAAACAUGGGCAGAACUAAUAAUUGGUCAAGCAGAGGGCCCAGGCUCCUACAUUAUGAACUACAUCAUGUAUAUUUUCUGGGCCUUGAGCUUUGCUUUCCUAGCCGUUUCUUUGGUGAAGGUGUUUGCACCUUAUGCAUGUGGCUCUGGGAUUCCAGAGAUCAAAACUAUAUUGAGUGGCUUCAUCAUUAGAGGAUACCUGGGCAAGUGGACCUUGAUGAUAAAAACAAUCACUUUAGUCUUGGCUGUAGCCUCAGGUUUGAGUUUAGGAAAAGAGGGGCCUCUAGUACAUGUUGCCUGUUGCUGUGGAAAUAUCUUUUCCUACCUCUUUCCGAAGUAUAGCACAAAUGAAGCAAAAAAAAGGGAGGUAUUAUCAGCUGCUUCAGCAGCGGGCGUAUCAGUAGCCUUUGGUGCCCCCAUUGGUGGAGUCCUUUUCAGCCUAGAAGAAGUCAGUUAUUAUUUUCCACUGAAAACUUUGUGGAGAUCUUUUUUUGCUGCUUUGGUGGCUGCAUUUGUGUUGAGAUCGAUCAAUCCUUUUGGUAACAGUCGCCUAGUUCUUUUCUAUGUUGAAUACCAUACUCCAUGGUACCUGUUUGAACUGUUGCCAUUCAUUCUUCUGGGGGUAUUUGGUGGGCUGUGGGGAGCAUUUUUCAUCCGUGCAAACAUCGCUUGGUGCCGUCGACGCAAAUCAACAAAAUUUGGAAAAUAUCCAGUUCUGGAGGUCAUUAUUGUAGCAGCAAUAACCGCUGUCAUUGCUUUUCCAAAUCCAUACACCAGAGUCAACACCAGUGAGCUUAUUAAAGAACUCUUCACAGACUGUGGCCCCUUGGAAUCUUCCUCCCUUUGUGAUUACAGAAAUGACAUGAAUGUCAGUAAAAUAGUAGAUGAUAUUCCUGAUCGUCCAGCAGGCACAGGAGUGUAUUCAGCUAUAUGGCAGCUGUGUUUAGCCCUUAUAUUUAAGAUUAUAAUGACAGUCUUCACCUUCGGUAUCAAGGUGCCAUCAGGCUUGUUCAUACCUAGUAUGGCCAUUGGCGCAAUAGCUGGGAGAAUCGUGGGAAUCGCUGUGGAGCAACUUGCAUAUUAUCACCAUGACUGGUUUAUCUUCAAGGAGUGGUGUGAAGUUGGAGCAGACUGUAUAACCCCUGGCCUCUAUGCUAUGGUUGGUGCUGCUGCAUGCUUAGGUGGUGUGACAAGGAUGACUGUAUCUCUAGUGGUUAUUGUAUUUGAGUUGACAGGUGGGCUAGAAUACAUUGUGCCCCUCAUGGCUGCAGUAAUGACAAGCAAGUGGGUAGGAGACGCUUUUGGCAGGGAAGGUAUCUAUGAAGCACACAUUCGUCUGAAUGGAUAUCCUUUCUUGGAUGCCAAGGAAGAAUUUACCCACACAACAUUGGCAGCUGAUGUCAUGAGACCUCGAAGAAAUGAUGCACCCCUGGCAGUGUUGACACAAGAUAAUAUGACAGUGGAUGAUAUAGAAAACAUGAUCAAUGAAACCAGCUAUAACGGUUUUCCUGUUAUAAUGUCCAAAGAGUCCCAGAGGCUAGUGGGAUUUGCUCUAAGGAGAGAUUUGACUAUUGCAAUAGAAAGUGCCAGGAAGAAGCAAGAAGGCAUUGUUGGCAGUUCCAGAGUCUGUUUUGCCCAGCAUACCCCAUCACUUCCAGCAGAAAGCCCUCGACCUUUGAAGCUUAGAAGCAUUCUUGAUAUGAGCCCUUUUACUGUGACGGAUCACACACCAAUGGAGAUAGUGGUUGAUAUUUUCCGCAAACUGGGCCUGAGGCAGUGCCUUGUAACACACAAUGGGAUUGUCUUGGGGAUCAUCACAAAGAAGAACAUAUUAGAGCAUCUCGAGCAACUAAAGCAGCACGUCGAACCCUUGGCGCCUCCUUGGCAUCAUAACAAAAAAAGAUAUCCUCCGUCAUAUGGCCCAGACGGCAAACCAAGACCCCGCAUCAAUAAUGUUCAACUGAAUUCAGUAACAGAGGAGAGAGAGGAAAGUGAAGAGGAGGUUCAUUUGUUGAAUAGCACAACACUUUAGCAUGAGGCAUUGCUUUGCAAUGCAAGAGGAAAGCUGGAUUUUUGGGGAAGCAUGCUGCUGGAAUUCAGGAGUUGAUUUAGGAAAAAGCGCAGAGUUGGAAAAAGGAUGGUCCUCACAGUAACAAAGAGGGUAGGAGCGAAGUUCUGCAAUCUUGCACUGGAUGCGUUCUAAGUUGCUAGAUCUGCCAUGAUAGUGCAGUAACAAAGUUGUGUCAGAAGAUGGAAGGCUCCAUUCUGUACCCUGCUGCUUUAGCAUUGAAGAAACUGAUUACUAGUCCCUGUUUCUGGAGGGAUCAUUUUGAAUUGAGCCAUCUUUUGAAUACUGGAAGAUUUUGCCCUUUUUACCACAGACAAUUGUUGUGUUAACUCAUUAAGUGCAUAGUUAUUUAUAUCACCUCUUUACAUUCCAAAAGAGCUUUUAUUUCUCUCUCCUGAGCCCUAACAGAGCCUCUUUACAAUUGAUGUGCCCUUCUGAAAUGGUAGUUUCUCAUAUUGAGAUGUACUGUGACCUGCUGAGUUUGUUCACAAGAAGGAAGUAUUUCUUGUGCCAUUUAAACUUAAGAGAUUGUAUAUCAUGAAAUUAUUAUGGCAGUUUUGAUCUACUGCAACAGAAGCAGAUUGAGCAGGUAAAAUAACUUGUAUGAAGCAUGUUUGAAAUCCUGUAGCUUUUGAGCUGCAGCUUAAACAGCCAAAACCUGUCUCAAAAAGAAUGUUGUUGCAAGAUGGUAACAUGACCUGGGCUUAUGCAAUUUUUUUGUAUUAAAAACACUAAGGUAUAUACCAAUGUUGUGCGGUGUAAGGAAAAUACUGCUACUCUAUUAAGAACAAUUCUAUAUAAAUGUGUCUGGUAACAACUGCAUGCUCAAACACUGGAGAUUUCCUCCCCUGCCUCAGAAUUACGACCCAUCACUUUUUGUUCCCAGUUCCUACAAAAAUGUAAUCAUAUUUUGCACUAGAUAUACACUGAUAUUUGAGCAUUAUUUUAUUUAUAUUUUUAUGAAUUAAAAUAUACUAAAUAAAAUUAGUUAACAGUGACACAGUUAAUUUUACCUUUAUAAUGUAUUUUUUAUACAGUAAUUCAGAAACCUCCAUGUGCAAAGAUGGGUUAGGCAAAAGCUUAUCAAUGGGGGAAGUGUUUAAUAUUUCUUUAUAAUGCAGUCUGCCACUUGAUUGAUGGCCAUAAUCUUAAAUUACUGUUUGUUUUUAAACAAAGCAGAAAUAAUGGACCCAACAUUUGUAAAUAAUGCAGGAUUUAAAAACAAUUAUUUUAAUUAUAAACCUGUUAUCGUUUUGAUUUUGAUUUUCAAUAGCUUUCGAACAUAACUGCUGAAGUGAUAAUUCAGUUUUUCAAGUAACAAUUGAUUCCUACUGCAACUAUGUCGGGUUUAAAUCCUAUCCACAAUAGAUAUAAUUUACUGGAACAUUUUUUGUCUCAAUUUCUGGGUUGUAUCCACUUAGUGUCCCUCAGUUGAGAAAAAGCUCUUGGAUGCAGCAGAGUCUUGCCUGAGUGGAAGGGGGAUCAAAGUGAUCUUUGAUGACUUGGCCAUUAUCUUGCAACCCCCUGCACCACUUUCCACAUUGUUCUAAUGGUCUUCUGUCCUUCAGAGCUGACUGGAGGCAGGUUGUAAGAGGAAAGGGAAAUCACUGAAGUUUGCCCCAAUCUCUGUUCUCUUGAUGGAAGCACCCGCUGGAUCAAAGGGCCUUCUUUCAGCAGUGGGACACCAAUAAUAUACAAUCCUUUGUAUCUGGAAUGUCUACACUGUAUUCUACACAAAACAUCACUACCACAGUAGCCUGGUUUGCACAACAUCCUCUUUCUCCCUGGUCCUUUUUGCUGCUUCAGUGAGCCAAGUCAACGUUUGGCUUAGUAUGUUGGCCUUGGGAGCAGCUCAUGGUCAGUGAGAAGAGAGCUUAACCAUGAGGCCCAGUUGCACAAGAUGCUUAGCCAAAGUUUGGCUUUGCUCGCAGCAGCAAAAAGGACUGGGAAGGAGCAAAGAGGCUGCAGGCUGUGAGCUGCUCUGGGAGCACAGUCUAGUUAAGCCAGACUUUGGUUUAUCAUGUGUGAAUCAGGCCAAAGACUUGGAGGUGUUACUUUGAGGGUUUUGACCAUAAAAAAACUGAAACAUAAAUGGGACAGUUAGAGAUGUGACUGGCAGGUGAACAUUCCAGAGCAUCACAUCUCCUGAUUGCGAGGGCAUUUACAUUGGCUUUUCAAGCAUUAUGGGUGAACAUGAAACUGUCAGAAGGAUUGAGGGCUGUGUGGUAAACUGUUUGCACAGUGUAGCGCCUGACUUUGCCCAGUAAUCCCCUACCUCACUUGAUAAGCCCAUUUGGAAACACUGAAAAUUCACAGGUGUGUGUAAGGUAGCCAGGGAAGCAUCUUUUCAUAAAAAGAACCAGGUGCCCUACAUACUGCAUAUAUGUUUGUGUAACACCAGGUGUGUUUGUGUAUCUCAGGCCUGUUGCCUGAGUAAGCUCUUUUUUAUUUGCAAAUCAUUUGACACUAGAGUAUCUGUCUGAGGAAGACAUGUUCCAAAGGAAUACCAGAGUAAAUUUGGUGAAGUUGGUAGGAAUGCAACUAAGAACUGUAAACAAGCGCUUUGCUAAGUGGUCCAAAUACUAAUAAUUGUUUAGGCGUAGCUUUUAAAAUCUAUAGAUUAAUAUUUCUUUGCAGUGCCUAAUUGGCCAAUGUGAUUUAGAAAUUCUUUGAAGCUUUGCUUUGAACUCUGAGCUGAACCUUUGCCAAAGCUAUACUUUUUGGCACAGUACAUUGGGCUGAAUCCAAAGAUUCCCAGCCUUUGAUGGGAGCCCCCUGUCAGAGAAAGGGAAACUUUGGGUCCAAGCUAUUAUUUUUUAAAAUUGGUAGUAAUGAGACCUUCUUUAUUUACUUGCCUGGGUAUUUAACUGGAACACUUGUUCCUUUGGAGCCUUUUAUUGUGUAAAUCAGUGUUAACUGAACAGAAUUUGGCUAAUGUAUAGACAAAGUUCAGGAGACUACUUAUGAUGCUUCUAACACUUUCUUUAAAAGUAAAAACUCUUUUGCCCUGGUUCUUAUCAUGUAUAUCUAAAAUAAACUUACUUUCUCUAAGUAACAUGCUUUAAUUUGAAAUCCUCCUGUCCUGUUCAGUAUGAAACUUUCAUAUAACUACUUGCUUUAACACGAGGUUUUUUUGGGUAUAAAUUCAGUGCCCUCAGACUAGCUGUUGCAGCAUGAAGUGAAAAGAUACUAAUUCAUGCCCCAGAUCACUUACUUAAAUGUUAAGACCUUCACAUCUAUACCGUGCCGAUCUAAUGCACUGUUUGCUGUUCUUACCUGCUCAGUUUUCCUCACUAGCGCAUGACAAGUUUGUUUGUCAUGGUGCAUUAAGAGACUCUGGAACUGAACUAAGUGUGCCUGUGCAUUGCGCAAAAAAGCAGAGGGUAUAUAGUAAUGUAAAAAUUUGCAGGGCCUUAUUCAAGUUGAACAGGAUGUGGUGUUUGAGGGUAUCGCCAUCUUUGGUUUGUUUAUAGCAGUUCAGUUGGUUCAUGAAUGCAUAGUUUGUUAAUCUGUGAUAUUUCCUAGACCUGUAUUAAACAUUAAUCCUAAUGUUUUUUAUUUAUACUAGUGUGAUAUAGUUGCAUAUCAUUACAGUAAAAUAAAAAACCUAUUACUGUGAUGAUUUCAUUAUAAAAAUGUAUUAAAUUUUUCUGUAUGACCA